ACUCACUUGUCCACUGCACCUUCCCAAGCUGCCGCUUGCAGAGACAGAGACUGCCCUUUCUCCCGCAAUGCUUUGCACUUGCACAUCCUCUCCCACACUGCUCUGCGCGUAUAUCAUGUGACUUCAUUACUAACUCCCGGAAUCUAACGUUACGUAACUGUGCGGUGUCCCUUCCUGCUGGACAUGGUGUUUGGCGUGUGAAACCGAGAGGGAGAAGACUGUAGCUGUAGUAGAGAGCCCGGAUAUAGCAGUCAUGACUAAUGCUUACACCCUGGAUGGACUUCUGGUCUUCUCUUUGCUCUUUGUCUGUACUUGCGCUUAUUUCAGGAAAGUGCCACGUUUGCGCUCUUGGCUCUUGUCUGAAAAGAAAGGAGUAUGGGGAGUUUUCUAUAAAGCUGCAGUGAUUGGCUCUCGUCUGCACUUGUCAGUCGCUUUGUCCUGUUGUGCUAUGGCCUUUUAUGUCUUGUUAAUAAAGUGAAAUGACGUUCCUGGCAA